AGGGUUUCGGGCUGACUCGUGAGAGUUUCCCUCAAUCGUGUCAAACCCGCCGCCGCCCCCCUUCCUGCUCUGGCGGUUUGGCCUGGCGCCCCCGGCUCGCCGCCACCUCUCUGCAGUCUGAACUGGGGGUCUGGCCUCGCGCCGCCGGCCCGCCGCGCCUCCACUCCCCGGCUCCCCGCAGUCCCGCCUGCCGCCGUCCCGCGCCACUACUCCGCCUGGCCGCCUCUUCCUCUCGCCCUCCUCGCCCUGGCGCCCGCCCGGCGGCAACAGUCACCAGCCCGCGACGCCGGCUCUCCGUCUCGUUCAGUAGCAGCAGCCACCAGCUCACCAGGAAACAAUCUGAAUCAAGGCAAGGAUCGGCGUGAUGUCUUUCCUGAGGCUGUUACCUCAAAGGUUGCCCCAAUUUGUUAGGCAGGUGGAGCGAGAUGUCGAGACUGUAAUCAAUGUUCUGCAUCCAGGUCCAAUAGGAAUUGUGGAGCAUAAGUUCACCGAUGCAGAGAUCCGUGAGGCGCAAGUCACUGUAAGGAGCGCAGUCGAGAAAUGGCGAAGGAACAGUACCCUGGAGAGAAAUCUUGGCACUGGUUCUUUUGAUAAAUCGAAGUAGCGCUCUACGUCAUGAUUUUGGUGCAGCACCCAAUACUGAAAAAGAAAGUGUGCCAUGGUUGGUCUAAAAAAAAGUGUGCCAUGGUUGCAACUGUUGGUCUUUGUGUAGUUGAUGUGUAUUCUCUGUCAGUGGACCAAUGCAAUUGAUCACGAUACAUACCUCCUCGAUGAUCUUUUAUCGGCAAAAAAGUACACUCUGCCGAGUUUCCUAAAUUGGUCUUCUAAAGUUUGAUGUUCUCAAUAAUACUCAGUCGAUAUGUGCUUUGCAGCAUUUUGUGUAUUAAAUGUUCACAAAUUGAGUUGCCUCGA